AUGCCAACUACAAUGCGUGCAAUCGCUAUCAAGGGCGGCAAAGGCCCCGCCGAAGCCAUGCACGUGGUUGAUGUCGAGAAGCCCGUUCCGGCAUCAGGCCAGGCACUCGUCAAGAUCCACGCCUUUGGAUUGAACCGUAUGGAUCUCCUGCAGCGUGAGGGCCAGUACCCUCUGCCUCCUCAGGCACCGGAGACAAUGGGUGUCGAGUUUAGCGGUGUGAUUGAGAGUUUCGGCGACAAUGCCGAGGCCUCCGGGGAUUUUAAGCGUGGUGAUGAAGUGUUUGGAUUGGCGUAUGGUGGCGCCUAUGCUGAAUAUAUUGUCGUCUCUACGAAGAUGCUGGUCCACAAGCCCAGCCAACUCUCAUGGGAAGAAGCUGCUGGUGUACCGGAGACCUGGAUCACCGCAACCCAGGCUUUAUUCCUGAUUGGUGAAUUCAAAAAGGGCCAGUCCGUCCUCUGGCACGCCGGUGCCUCUUCCGUCUCCAUCUCCGGCAUCCAACUCGCCAAGGCCGAAGGUGCCUCCGCCAUCUACGCCACUGCAGGCUCCCAAGAAAAAAUCGACUUCCUUGAAAAAGAGCUCGGCGUAACCAAAGCCUUCAAUUACAACACCGAGGAUUGGGCCAUGAACGUCAUUGUGGAUUUCAUCGGCGCGCCUUACUUCCAGGGUAACCUGAACACCGCGGCGCGGGAUGGUCGCGUUGUGGUGUUGGGAGUUAUGGGAGGCGCCAAGUUGCCUGACGGCGUCAACAUGGCCCCGUUGUUGUUUAAGCGGGUGCGUUUGGAGGGAAGCACCCUGCGCAGUCGGGAUGAGGAGUAUCAGGGCAAGUUGCGGGAUACGUUGGUGGAACAUGCGUUACCCAAGUUUUGCGAUGGGUCGUUCAAGGUGUUUGUAGAGAAGGUCUUUUCCUUUGAGGAGAUUGUGCAGGCGCACCAGUUGUUGGAGAGUAACAAGACCAAGGGGAAAUUGAUCUGCAAGGUGGCUUAA